CUCGCAUCGUCUCCCCAUUGAGCUCCAGGGGCCAAUUACAGCGGGUUGGUUGGCACACCACCUGUCCACUCAAAACAGCCCACGUCCUUCGCCUUCCACACGUCGCCCGCGAACGAUGCAGUAUCAGUGACUACGUCCCAGCAAACCUGAACCUCCCGUUGGAGUCAAGAAGUGACAAUAUUGCGGUCCAGGCCCCACGCGAUACGAAACGGACCCGCCCCUUGCGAACCUACGAGCCGACUGCCUUGAGCUCAAGCCUGUUCUCGACGAGCUUAAAGAGUUGAAGACCCGACCAUCUGUCGAGUCCUUGUUUGCAAGAUAGAGCCGAUGCUCCUCCAUGGCAGCAGCUAAUAGCGCCCGGCAUCCCCCUUGCCCACCAUGUUCUCGACCAUCACCACCGCGCCGGCCAAGCAGUCGGUGAGUGAGACCAUCCCCGUGCUCAGCGGCCGCCUGAGCACAGCGACUCUCCUCGAAGACCGCCGCGCUGCCAUCUUGGGCUUGCGCAGCUUCGCCAAGCAGUAUCCCGCCUCCGUCGCCUCGGGCGCCCUGCGCAGCCUGAUCGGGAGUCUCAGCCGCGAUGGGGAGGAUGUGGACACGGUCAAGGUAGCGUUGGAGACGCUGUUGAUGCUCUUCAGCCCAGACCCAGACAGCCCUGAGGCGUCCGAGGAGAUUGCGCUGUGGGUGGCCGACGAGUUUACGCAGCGGCACGAGAACAUCGCCCUGUUACUGGGGUUCUUGGGGAAGGACAGGACCGACUUUUACUCGCGGCUCUACUCGUUACAGCUGUUGUCGGUUAUUUUGUCUGCGCGGACGGAAAGGACAGAGGAAUGCAUCGUCAACACAAACGACGGCAUUUCCCGCCUGGUAGCGGUCCUCGAGGACCCCAGGGAGGCGGUCCGCGACGAGGCGAUUGGGCUGCUCACGGAUCUCACGCCGACAUCCAAUGUAAUCCAAAACCUGGUUACCCUCGAAAAGGGCUUUGCGCCGGUGUUUGAGAUAAUCGCCAACGAGGGCGGUCUGGCGGGCGGGGCGAGGGUGGUGGAAGACUGUCUGAUUCUGCUGGCCAACCUGCUCCGGCUCAACCCCCUGAACCAGACCAUGUUCCGGGACAUGGGGCACGUUGCAGAGAUCAGCCGCCUCCUAAGAGAUGCUUACAAGGGACGCGAGGAUGGCCUGGAGGUUGCCCAGUGGGUGGAAGUUCAGCGCAACAGGAACGUGUACGCAAUGCUCGCCGUCAUCCGACUGCUCCUUGUGCCCGGCGCUGCAGGAACACAACUCAACCAGGAUGCAUUUGCGGGCGACCUAGUAUCCGGCGGACGUGUUCGCGUACGGGGAGGGCCGGUCCUAGAGAACACGCUCCAGAUCGCAUUCUCCCACGUUGCCGAGCUACCAAUCAAAUCCGAAGCUCUCCUAGCAUGUGCCGAUAUGAUUCGGGGAAACGAAGCAGUCCAAGCGAGGUUCGCCGGUUUCCAAGUACCAUCGCCACUUGCUGACCCCGUCGCCAACGGGCUAGGCGCUCAGACGAAUGGUGUUCUGAAAGUCUACAUCAUCGACGGCCUGUUGGACCUCAUCCUGGCUGUCAGUUCGUUGCCAGCUUUCGACCUGCGGGUGGCUGCGUGUACAUGCCUGAAGGCAUACUUAUACAAGCAUGCGGAGAUUCGGAUGCACUUCCUCGACCAUGCUGUCCGGACACACAAGGCGCAUGCUGAUAACCUCACUAAUGCUCUUACAAUUCUCCUCCAGCCUAACCCAGACGCGAUCACGGCAGAUCCUUACAGGUACUGGUUUGCCGCUGUAAUCAUGUUCCACCUCCUGCAUGACAAUCCAGAGACAAAAGCGCUAGCCAUGAGCGUUACAGAAGGCGACGAGGCCAGCGGUGAAGAGGUCGUCACAAGCAUCCAAACCAUGACGGCGCACUUCCUGAGCAGCGUCGCCAAUUUGGAAGACCCACGCAUCAGCAUCGGCUAUUUGAUGCUGCUGUUGUGCUGGCUCUUUGAGGAUUUGGACGGGGUCAACGACUUUUUGGGCGAGUUCACCAACCUCCAAGGGCUGAUCCAGGCGGCUAUCGAGAACCCCAACGGGGAUAUUAUAGUGCAGGGUCUGAGCGCCAUGCUGGCAGGCGUCGUCUACGAGUUCUCCACCAAGGACUCGCCCGUUCCUCGUGCAAAGGUCAGGGAGAUGAUCAUGUCGCGUAUGGGCCGUGACCGCUACGUAGACAAGCUGUCGCGGUUACGCUCAUACCCACUGAUGAGGGAUCAUGAGGUGCUCCCACAAAAACUAGAAGGCGGGCCAGACCAGAAGCUCCCUGACGUCUACUUCGAUGACACCUUUGUCGAGUUCUUCAAAGACAACUACAGCCGCAUCCUCCGCGCCAUCGACCGCGACCCAGACUCGGAAACCUCGGUCAUCACCAACGGCGUGCAAAAAGGCGUCUCCCGCCAGCUGGUCGACACGCUGCGCGCCGAAGUCAGCGACAAGACGCGCGCCCUCCAAGAAGCCCAAUCGCAAACGUCCUCCCUGGCCGAGCAGCUCGCCCAGGAACAAGCGGCUCACCGCACAACAAAAGACGGCUUCUCGGCCGACCUCGCGCGCGCAAACGACCUAGCCCACACGCUCCGCCAACAGCUCGCCGCCAAAGACAGCAAGAUCGCUUCAGCCGAAGCCGCCACGACGAACGUCACCCGCCAGCUCACCCACGAACAGCAGGAGCACCAGCGCUCCCGGGCCGAGCUAGCCCGCCUCAAGACGGUCAACGACGCGCUGCAGCGGGCCCAUGCGCAGGAGCUCGCGGCCGCCCAGGCGAGGCUGCGCGCCCGCGAGGAGGAGCUGCAGCGGCAGGCGGACGCCGCCAAGAAGGGCGCCGAGCAGGAUGCGGAGCGGGCCCGUCGGCGGUCCGAGGCGGAGAAGGCUGACCUGAAGGCCACCAUCAGCCGACUGGAGGUGGAUCUGAUGAAGGCUAAUAAGGCCAGGGUCGCGGCGGAGGGAAGGGUGGGGGAGUUGGAGGGGCUUGUCAAAGCUGGGGAGUAUAGGCUUGGGGAUGUGGAGAGGAGGUUGAGGGGGAAGGAGGAGGAGAUGAGGAAGAUUGGGGAAAGGCUUAGAGAGGCGGAGGAGAGGGCUGGUAGGGCUGAAGAAAAGGUCGAGGAGGCCAAGGCGGCUGCUGAGAAGGCGCUGAGGGAACUGGAGGAGGCGAAGAAAAAGGGGGAGGAAAAGGAGGAGGAGCGGAAGAGUGUGCAGAGUGAGCUGGAUGAUCUGUUGGAGGUGUUUGGGGACUUGGAGGAGAAGGUUACCAAGUAUAAGGAACGGCUCAAGGUGCUGGGACAGGAGAUAUCAGACGGCGAAGACGAAGCGAGAGACGAAGAUGAGGAGGAAGAUGAAGGGGAGGAGGAAUAGGAGGGUGUCUAAGAACUUUACAUUGGUGGACGGGGGCAUUAAAUGGUAUCCAAAAGCAGGCGAGAUUUCAAUGAUAUUUAUGCAUUUUCAGUGGGGAUUUAUUUAUAUUUACCAUGAACAAGAUUCCUGAACUCUCCGGUCCUGUGUUGCAUGAUAUUCGAGUCAAGGCGGCUUGCAGCACAGAAGUCCUUGUCAGUCAAUAUGACAGUCAUGCUCUUGGGAAACUCGCUUUCGGUGGCCAAAUAGAUAUACCAAGGAC